AUGCGCCUUGUGAGCGGUGCCGUCUUUGGUCGUCCCCGAUACACCGGUCCCUCCCUUUCCCAUACCAAGAUCAAUGAGUUCUGUCAGCGGCAGUGCAAGGGUUGCAGCGAGAUCUGUGAGCUGCUGCGCUGGGGGGAAGUGCAGAGAAGACGAGACAGUGCCUAUCAAGGUUGCUCGGCGCCUCGUCUGGUCCACAAUAGCUAUAUCGAACUCGAUUACUGUUCCGGCGUCUCUGCAUGUGACACGUGCCGCACGAUUCGUCGAGCUUUUCUCCUGGAACAAGUCACGUUGCAAGAUGCCGAGCUCCUGGAGCAUCCCAAAAAUCAAGCACCUGUCCUCGCUAUUCUGAACCUCUCCCCUUCCGGCGACAGUCUGUCAUUCACCAUCGGAGCACUCGAACACCCCCUGUUUUCCGCUACCGUCCAUCUCAGCAGCAAACCGCCACCUCUGCCUCAACAAGAUCCUACAAGACACGGUGCCAGGUUGCGCCCGAAUCUCACAGAACUGCGCCGGGUCAUCGAUGAUUGCCACCGCAACCAUGAGUGUUCUUCAAGAUACCGUUGGUCGCAACGGAACCCGACUUGGCUGAUUCACAUCGUAUCUGACAGCCAUAUUCAACUGGUCGCGGGCCCGCGGGCGCCUGUCGAUUACGUCGUAUUAAGCUACUCGUGGGGAGACCCGGCGAGUAUGCCCGCUUCCGAAUGGGCAAGGAUCAAAGGCGCCGGCACAAAGACAAAGGAUGGUUAUCCCGUCGACGAGCGGCGAAAUCCAUUUCCAAUAUGGGACUUACCGGAGACUAUGCAGGAUGCCAUCGCCAUCUCGGCAUCGUUGGGGUUUUAUUACAUCUGGAUCGACAACGUUUGCAUCCCUAAGGGCACAAACUGGGAUACGGAAGCAUCCGUGAUGCAUGAGGUUUACGGCAACGCGGCAUUCACGCUAGUCGCAUCCUCCAGCACCAAAGCAACAGACCCCUUACUAUACGACCGGCUGGCCUGGACCCAUCGCAGCAAAGCCUGCAAGCUGCGCGGGCAGUGGCUACACAACACGCAGAUGUCUCUGGACAGAGUUCGACGCGAGUCGCCCGUGUCACAGCGGGGGUGGACGUUGCAGGAAGAGCGCCUCUCUCCUAGGACCCUGUACUGGACCAGCCAGCGAUGGUACUGGGUCUGUCCCGAGCGCCAAGUGACCGAGCUGAGCGAGCUGGGAUUCCACUCUCCCACAACCGAGGGGCCAACGCAGAUGAGCAGCUCGCCGCAAUCCUUUCUAGAGCUCUGUCUUACGGGGGACGAGCAGCAGCUCCACGAGGAGUGGCUGGACAUAGUCGAGGCCUACACCCCGCGGGAUCUGGUCGAGCCGCGGGAUCGAUUCCUGGCCAUCGCCGGCCUUGCUGUGCGAUUUUACACCGCAAAGGCCGGAACGGGGGGUUCGGUCAUCACGGAAGAAUAUCUGGCGGGCCUGUGGAGGGACAACUUUGCCAGGCAUCUCUCCUGGUCCGUCGCAACGGCCGUCGACCCGCGGACCAACCUCCAACACAUUGCUGCGUCGUGGUCAUGGGCCUCGCUGCCCCUCCGUGUGCGCACGAGCACCAAACAUGCCUUCCGGCCCUCCGAGCACUUCAAAUUCCUGGCCGUCGAGCACACCCUCGCACCUCCAUGUGGACCCAUGCCACACACGGAGAAGGCAAUCAAAGAAACCCCACUAAGCCGCGCCCAAGCCGUCGAGGAGCGCGGCAGGGCCAUCAAGGUAGUCGAAGUGCAGGGCCGGUUCCGGCGGUUCAUAUCCUCGGACGCGCUGCACGUCUCUUGGGAGGCCAUCGAGCGGAAGCGAGGCGGUUCCCGCACGAGCUUCGAUUUUGUCGACUUUUCAGGGCAGCAUAUUUACGCGCGCAACCGGGCCGACGGCCGCAUCGUGUCCAAAGACGCCCACAGCGGCGAGGUCGUCGGCCAGCUGGACUACCUCGUUCCGGACGAGCCGCCGAUGGAUAGGUUUACACCUUAUGUCCAGGAGGGGCAUGAAAAAGAGAUUGUGUGCCUCGAGCUGGGACAGUCUGCUAUGCUCUUGCUGGUGCCUAACCGCAGAUGGGGUCAGCCAGAGUCGUUUAGGCGGGUUGGGGUGGCGGUUGGGUAUGGGAAUAGGAAGGGGUUCUUUUACGGGUGUGAGACGAAGAGGGUGCGGCUUGCUUAA